CUGGAGGCUCACACAGAGACGGAUUCACGUUCCUGCUGCUGCUUUUAUUAUGACUGAUCUGUGCGAAUCGCUCAGAGACGAUUAGAUUGUCCUGAUCAAAACAAAACCACAGGAAGACCAAAUGCCAGCUGACCUUUAACCCCUCUCCAAAAUGGACGUCCGUCUGCAGGGCAACUCUCAGCUCCACUACGGCGUCAACGGCGGCGCGACUCGAAACUCUGGUGCUGGAGGAGACACUCUGAAGUUUCUGAGUCGAGAGGAACAGGAGUGCCUCCAGUUCUUUGAGGAAACCAUUGAGUCUUUGGACGAUGGUCUAGAUGAGCAGCAAAGACUUGGCCAGAGGAGGCGCCUUGACCACAACAGUCGGCCUUUCAACUCGGCUGACGGACAUCCAAGCCUGGCUCCGAACAUAAUCGACCUGGUCCACUCAGAGCCAGACUUGGUGCACACUGCAGAGCCAGUCUAUAGCCCCUCGCAUCAAGAUUUUUACCACAUGUCCCAAACUCCUGAAAGCAACUUUGAGGCAAGUCCAAGGCACGACAUGUUCCCCUCAGAGUACAACCCUCCUUUACGAAGUGCAAGCUUUGGGACGACAGACAGCCAUUCCUCCUACCACCCUGCAGGCAGUGUCCCCACUCCAGUUUUGAUUGCCCAGCAGCUUGCAGAGAACCAGGGAGAUGGAACAUCAAACUUGCAUCCUUCGUCUUUGCUCCGUCGCCUUAGCAUGGAGUCGGACAAAACACCCAGAGACAGAUCAAAUGUUUCUGCGAAACAUGGUCCUCCUCCCUCAUCAAAGCCUCAUCACUAUCCUCCAAAUAUCCACGUGGUUCAUGGUGGAAAGGAGCCCCAAAUACCAGGGGCUAACGUAAACAUCCAUGAGCGACAGGAGCAGAUGUUGGCACACCUGGCAGGUACUUCCCACCCUCUGCUGCAAGAUAUAGAAGACGACACUCGAAAUAGUCCAUCCCGUAGUAUUUCCUUUAAAGACCCAGAGCCAGAUAAAUCCAGGAUGGAGGCCCUGUCAAAGCUGGGCUUGACAAGAGGCAGAGCUACUUCACUCCAAAUGAUACCCAACAACUCGCAGGAUCCUCACAAAGGUCCAGACCCCAGAGUCUCAUCGCCAGACCCAGCAGCAAAAAUCAGCACUAACCUUCCACAACCAAAUAUGCCAGUACCCCCUCCAGUCUGCUUUAAUGACCACAAGAAUACAGAGACCUGGCCCUCACAUUCCUUCAGGAGCCACGAUGAAAGAAGCUCCCAGCUGGACCCAUCAUCUCCAACAAUGUCCCCUCCUCCAGCUGACAUCACCUCACCAGCGUUCAACACCUUUGGAGGGAAAUCCAUUGUGGUCCAUCCCUCUUUAUCCCAGAAGAACGAAGCUCCAACUACCCCCGAACCCCAAAACUUUCCACUUGCACCUUCUAACCCAACAGAGCCCAAUCCUUAUGGAGGAAAGUCAAAAGUCAUGACUUCUGCCAAUCCACCUGUAGAAAGGACCAAUCUACCUGACAUCCUGAGCUCUCAUAUUGACGCAGGGGAAACCAUUCCUGCCAAGUCAGAGCCACCGGCCGUCGAGGCAAACAGGUUUGGAGGAAAGAGCCGAACCUUUGACCCCGUUUCUGGGCUAUAUCGGACUGCAGAAGGCCGACCUAGAAGCGUCAAACCUCCACCGCCGACCCCGGCCCCUAGACCUCCUCGGCAGUCCUGCCAUGGCAUUCCUCCCCAGAAACCGCCAGCAAGGGCCUCUUCUCCAGAAUACAGGCGAAGGCCCAGCAGCAUGUUCCGUCCUCAAGGUAUCACCGUACAGUUUUGUGGACGAGGAGCCAUGAACGAAUCCCGCAGGGAGGCACUGAGGAGACUAGGACUGCUGAAAGACUCUUAAUCAACCCUUUGCAGAUUUACCUCUCAGUCUCCAACGACUGACCUAUGAUAACUGUGUCGCUUUGCUCAUGGCAAUGGUAUGCAAAACGUUUCCUCUAUUGUCUGAGAAUGAGGUGUGUCUGUAGACAAACGGGCUUUUACAGAGGAAUCUUGGUACUUGACAGACCUGAAGGGCCACUCCUCACCGACAAGCCUUAAAAAAAUACUCAACACUGCUUUCUCGGAAAAAUCUCGGCUGGUUCGGGAUAUUCUGUGAAAUCUCAUGAAAGACGCUGUGGACAAUAUGUCUGAGUAAGACACUGUGGGAGGAAAGGAAACGCUGUACAGGGGAGUCGAGGAUCAUUUUGUUUGUCUCAACUCUCUUUUUUUAGCUCAAAUGUAAAUAUAUUUAUCAUGGGUGAAGGGAUUAGUUGCACAUUUUCCAACCAUUUCUCUGUCAGGUUCUUAUUUGUGACCUUAAAUUCUGCGCUUAUCCGAAUUAUGUAGAUUCCUUUCUCGUUUUAUUCCAUUUUGUUCUCAAACUGUUUCUUUAACCAACUUAAACAUUUUGUCAACUGCAUUUGGGAAACAUGGUGGGAUUGGCCAUGUUUCCCAAAUGCAACGCUAACUGUUAGCCAAUUAGCAACACUUUGACAAUCCUAUGUUAGAUUUUUAAACAUUAUAACAACAUCUCAACAAAAGUAGUGCAAAACAAUUUUAGUGACCAAUUAAAAAAAACAAAUGGAGGUAAAAAUAAAUAAUUACUGUAGAAAUGACCAGCUGUUAUUAGGAAGGCAGCCAUAUUGGAUUUUCAGAUCUGAUUUUCCAAUUUUUCAGUUUCAGUUGAUUUUUAUUUUCAACAUAAACUUGAAAUUCAAACUUUAAUUCAACCAGACAACUCAGUUAAGCUAACUGGUAUUAACAAUUAGCAACAUUAGCAAUACAGAGAAAGUAUACAUAUAUCCAUUUAAAUAUAAUAUCUUUACUAACAGAAGUUGUAAAAUAUAAUGUAUUUGACCAUUUUAAUGUGAAAAACAAAUGGAGGUGAAAAAAUAGAAAUAAUUACUGUAGAUGUGAUCAGAGGCAGCCAUUUUGGAUUUGUAGAUCCUACUUUCCAAAUUUUAUUUCUCCAACUUCAAAUUGUACAUAAUAUUUUAUGAGCCAAUUUAAGGAUAAACAUCUAAAUACAAUGUUUCUGUAAAAAUAAGAAAAUAGUUUUAAUGAUUUUUUUUUUCUUUAGAUGUGCAUUUUCAAAAUAUUCCCCAUGGAGUAGUUGAAAAGUUUUGAAAAGAUAUAUGUGUAAAUGUGUGUGUCUUGUUUUUGUUUAUGAUUGUGAACCAACUGGGCAUUUUAGUGAGCAGAUUAUUUUUCUUUUUUCGAUCAAAGCGAAACUACGCUGCAGUUUUAUUACCUCGAAUGACUGAAACUUGCGGCAUAAGGAGGAAAAACGAACAACGCAGUUAAAGGAUUCUGCAAAAUGCGUUGAUGCAAACGUGCAAUUUCUCUGGAGAAUGUGGAGCUGGAUGGUAUUUUUACUCCACAGACAAACAUCCCACUCAACCACAAGCUGCUGGAAUGGGAAUGUGGAGAGACUUGGAUGCUUUUACCAUGUGGAAGGAGAAAUUUAAAAACUACUCUCACUGCGCAGAACUGCAGCUGUAAAACCACCAAGCCUAGAAAUACAUCGCGGGUUACUUCUGUGUGUUUGAGUCUGUCAAAACCUUUGUGUGUGUGUGUGUGUGUGUGUGUGUGUGUGUGUGUGCUGACUCCGGCCUCUGUAGUUCACCUACAGUAACUUUUGAAGUAUAUUUAGUAAAUUUUAUUUACGGACUCCGGUUCUCUGUAGCUCAUCUACAGUCUUUUUGAAGUAUCAAAUGGUGCAUAAACAGACAGAAGGUUAUGACGAUCUGCUGAACACACUAGGAGGAAAUGUCUGCAAGCGAACACGAGCGUUUAACCUGAAAAAUGGACGCAAUCUGCCACGAGAAGCUGCUGCUAGCCUGAAAUGUCCUUGUAUGUAUUAACAUAUCUACUGUCAUUUUUACCCUUAUAAAGUAUAAUAACACGAUGUAAAUAUAAUAUGUUUUGUGUUGAAUGUGGGAAAUAAAAACCUUUGGUUUAAAGAGC